GUUUAUGUUAGAUAUUUAAAUAAAUUAUAAUGCCAUGUGGUAUAUUAAUAAUUUUGGCGAUUAUAAAAACUUACAUAAACUUUAAAAAAUAUUUAGCAUUCCAUUCACCACAUGAAGGUGAACACCAUGACCUCGUAAAUCAACAAUAAUUUUUGUUGGUUGCAUUCGUUCGGAAAUGUUUUUCUCCUUUCUGAGAACCAGCUGCGUAGCUCCUUCCAUCUCUAGGUUCAGUAGCAUAACCUUUAGAUAGGGUUAUGAUAAAGUACACCAAUGGGUAAAUAUUCGGAAAGGGUUGAUGUUUUAAAUACAUAGAAUGUCUUUAAAUCAUCCUAUGAUUGUUGAAGUUUGGCCAGGAGACUGGGGAUUACCUUCUGUAGAUCUUGAAUGUUUGAAGAUUUUGGCACUUGUUAAAUUUUCUGGUAAAGAAUUUAAGAUCAAAGUAUGCAAAAAUCCAUACUGGACUCCUAAGAGUACACUACCAGUAGUGUCUCAUGGGAAACAUGUAUUUCAUGAUUAUGAUGAAGUAAUGUCAUAUUUAAGGAUAAAGAAUGUUAGUCCUGAUCAUGGGCUUUCAACAGUUGAGGAAGCUGACUGUUUAGCAUAUACAUACAUGGUAAAAGAAAAAUUGUUUCCAGCUUUACAGUAUAUAUGGUGGCUAGAUGAAAAAAAUUAUGCAGGGUUGACCAGACCUUGGUAUUGUAAAGUAAUUCCAUUCCCAUUCAAUUUUUAUUAUCCUCAGAGGUUUGUUAGUGAUGCUAAAAAGACUGUUGAAGCUGUAUGUGAAACAGAAACAAUUUCAGAAAUAGAAAAUAAGCUUUACAGUGAUGCUGAAAAGUGCUUAACUUCGCUUUCUGUAAAGUUGGGAGAAAAAGAUUUUAUGUUUGGAUCUCAUCCAACAUCUCUAGAUGCAGUUGUUUUCGCAUAUCUGGCUCCAUUGUUGAAAGCACCAUUUAAAAAUCCCAUACUUCAAAAUCAUCUGAAGUCAUGUACGAAUUUGCAAAAGCUUGUUUCAAGAAUAUGCCAAAGAUAUUUUCCACUGGAUUACCAAGCAUUUGAGCAUAAAAGGAAGAACGAAGGUAUCAAGUCAAAUUUAUCAUCUGAUGUUGAUUCUGAUUAUCCUCAUAAGACAAGAAACACAAUUGUUGCAGCAUUGAUAGCGACAUUCGCAAUGACAGGGUAUGCCUUCAUGGUUGGAUUAGUACAGAGUUUCCCGCCUUGGCCUUUAGCAAUACUUGGUGAACCUAUUCCUACUGUCCAUCUAAAGUUACUUUGGGACUGGUCAAGAAUGAGAAAUCCUCAUAAAAGAGAAUGAAUAAAUAGCAGCUGAAUGAAUUUUGAGUAUAAUUCGUAAUAAAUUUGUUUUGAAUUUUGGUAUCUUUUUCUUUUCCAUUAGUGUAUGGAAUUUGUCAUGUGAAUACUUUCUGAUCUGACUAUAUCAAACAUUUAGUUCAUUUUUUAAAUUUGAUUUAAUUUUAAUUUUUUUCAAUCUAACAGAAUUGAGAAUACAGAUUAAUAAACAUCUAAAAUAAAAUAUUUCGUUAAGUCUAACCAUAUCAUGCUAUCCAGAAGGCCUAUAUGAAAUAUAUUGCAUACAAGUUUUAUUACAUCUACAUAGCAUAAGAUCAUAUCCAUAUGAAUUGUUUUAACAUGCAAUUGGAUUCAUUGUAAUUUAUUUAUUCAUUCUGAAGAAUAAAGGCUCAAUAUAGUUAUAACUAAGAUACCAAAAACUUCAGCUGAGAACCUGCCCCAUUCAGCUCUAUUUUGUGUUCUCCAGAUGAUGACACCAAAAAGUAUUCUUGCAUCAACUACCACUUCAUCCACCUAAAUGCUUUUUUAUAAAUCUGUCGAAACUCUUUUUUUUAUUUAGUUAUCAAAGCAACGCAAGGCUUACGCUAGCAUUCUAAAGUGUCAUUUCAAGAAUGCCUUAAAGAAUAUGAAAGUUGUAAAGAUUUUUGCCCCUAUCUUACAAAUUAUUUUAUUUUACUAGCAAUUAUUUCAUUGUAUGUCUUCUAAAAAUAGUGUAAAUUAAAAAAGGUUUAGGAAGGAUUUUGUAAAUCAUUGCCUUUGUCUGGUACAAUCCCUUUGACCGAUGCUAGAAUCUAAACCCAAUUCAUUUUUAUAAAGCAUACUCAUUCUCUUCAAUAGAAAAUGUUCUGUAAGUUCUUAGAACAACUAGUGCCUCUUAGGUCGAAUUGUCUUCAACUGCUUAGGGUAAGAAGUACAAAAAUGUUCCAGCAUUUUACCGUUUGGUUAUCUGAGAUCCAGAGUAAUUAAAUUCACAACUUUAGAGGUUUACCUGCUCUAUUCUAUCUCUACUUGACUUAUACUUUGUCUUAAUCUCAUAAAACAAGCCCAUACUUAGUAUGCUGCACUCUGUAGUCCUAGCAGUAUACUUUCCUAAGCUGAAUUCAUUCAUGUUAUUAUAUCCAAAUCUUAAGGAUAACCUUGUUACUGAUGAGUUGUCAUGUUGAAGAUAUAUCUGGAUUAUGAUUUUUUUCCCCCUGAGAAUGAGAAAGGGUUCAUUACUUUUUAACAUAUAGGAGUUGUAAAAUCAUGCUUAUAUCCUAUUUUAAAUCCUCCAUUGCAUUGUAUAGAUUUGGAUGGCUCAGAUUGUCAAAGGCAGUCAUAAAUCUUCAAAUAGAAGUGUUUGUCUACUCUAAAGUGGUAUUUUAGGAUUAUAUUUUUAUCAAAUAUUUGAUGUAUUCCACAUGGUUAAUUAUAAAUUUUUAUUCAUUCAAAAUUAUGACUUAAUGAAUGCAGAGCAAAACAGUCUGGGAGCCAGUUAGGAGUUACAAUUUAAUUUUUUAAAAUUGUCUUUGGAUUUGUUAUACAUAAAAUUAUUUUGCAGUUAGGAAUUGUGAAUUAUAAAUUUCAUUUAUGUUUCACCUACGGAAAAUUUUGUUGAAACUAUUAAGUUUGUGUUUUGUACAAUGUUAUUAAAAGUUUCAUACAUGUAAUUGAUAUAAUUCAACAUGUUAAAAAUAUGUUGAUUAUAUUAUUUCUAUUGUGACGUUGAUCAAGUUUUGCUUAUUUCAAAGAGCAAUUGUAUGCUUGGCUAUGUGAGCAUUUAACUCUGCUGUGCUGUUGACGUUUUAUUGUCCUUGCAUUUGACACUUUUAUCUGUGUGCUUUUUUCAGAAAAUAUAUUUUUUAUAUUAUCGGACCUUAGCAGUUCUAGUAUAGAGAUGUUUUCAUCUCUAUCUAUAUUAUCCUUAUAUUAACAAAAGGAUCCCCAGAUGACUUUUUUAAAAUUGUCAUUAUUUUAAUUUUUUUUUUUUUAAUGUGUAGCCUCCUAUGAUUGAAAGAAAUU